AUGAACAGGGGAGCUGGUGCUUGCAGCAUUUAUCAUGGCUACAAGCAUCGCAUUAGUGGUUGGGCGGAACAAUUGCCGUGCCAAGCUGUGAUGCUUCGUGAUCGGAUGCAUCUGCAGACGUUGCGCCCUGAUUCGAUACUCGCCACGGCCUAUCCAUCCCUUGUGGCCAGUGUGGGAGCUGCAACCCCCAGGGAUGCCCUGGGAUUAAAGCACCAGCCAGACACACAGAGAGCACUGGCUAUUGUCAGCCCUGAUCCCUCCUCAGGGCCAGGCCUGACCACCACGGCAGAGUGGACGCUAUCCGCAAUCCAGGACCAGGCGGCAGAGAUAGCACCAGCACCACAGGCCAAGCUUCUGAAGGAGAGAGUGAAUUUUCCGCCUUACGAUGCGCUGGCACAAGUACUCCCAGAGUACGACUACCUCUUCCGUGCCACCAGUCCAAAGGAAAAUCCGAAGAUGGGAAAGAGGGGCCACCAGUCACCAGUCAGAGCUCCUGAACCACUUCAGACCCAAGACCCUGUUUUGUUCUCUCCGAAAAGGGUGGCCGUGACUGAGGACAAUGUUGAAAACAAUGAAGUCGUUCACCACGAAGGCCAGGAGUUGGACAAUUACCAGGCAGCAAUGCAGAAGAUGGCCGCGGACAUCAUCAAACUGAGGAAAGACACCGGGCGACUGGAGACGGAGAAUAGCAAACUACGCAGCGAGCUCAACCUGCACCAGAACCUGGGCCAGAGCCUGCUGGACGACACCGACAUCGACGUGAUGACCAAGGCGGAAAUAGCGGACAGAAUCGUCUUGUUAAAACACAAACUGGCCAGCGAGACUGCUGAGCAUCUGAAAAGCAAAGAUAAGUUGCAGCAACAGCAGAAUGAAUUAAUCCGGAAGAACGAUCGGGAGACGGAGCUCUUGCGGCUACAGAAAGCCCACCAGCAGCAGCACGCAGCCUUACAGAAACACCAGGACAAAAUGCGCAAGUCAAAGCUCCUGGAAGACACCAUACGACAACAGGAAGUGGUCAUAGAAAAAAUGGAGAAUAUUUUAAACAUGAAGUUGAACGAGAGACCGAGAGAAAAGGGUGACGCUUCCAAAAAACGAACAGGGGCCACAGAGGAGAGCGUGAGGAGAGAGGUAGAGGCAGUACUGCUGGCUGAGAAUGCACGGCUGCGGGAGGAGCUGGGGCAGCUGCGACUUCAGCCCACACCCAUUAUCCUGCAGCAGCCGGUGUACCCCAUCAAGGAAUCUUUUGCUGACCCGGAGAGACUACGCUUGCUGGCACAGUUGGAGAAGGCUCAGGGACGUAUCCAGACGCUGGAGACUCUGUUGGAUGAGAAUUCAAGGAAAUGGGGACGAGAGAGGCAGAGUAUGUUGACGAGGCUCUCCGAGCACCAACAUGGUUUCACCAGAACCUCCACCAUGCUGUUCCAUGACUUCCCUUUGAAAGCCGCUUUGGAGUCACAUCUGACCCGAAAUUGACAUUCGAUGCCCUUGGCCCCAAUUUCAAUGGAGGAAUGAACAAGUCACAUUGGAAGAGGAUAUUACAACCAAAUGCUUGGUCUCAUUACAAACAAAUACUGUGGCAAGUAAUUAAUUCUGCAAUUAAACCAAAACCAGUAAAAAACAGAAGAUCAAAAAUUGGCUAUUUUUACACUCAAAGACCUUGCAAAGCAAUAAUAAACAUACAAGUUUAUAUAUAGUUUUUUUUACAAAAGUGUUAUAUAAAUUAUUAAUAAUUAUUAUGUGUGUUCUUUAUUACUAUUAAAUGAUAUUGUAGACUGACUGGUGUGAUUACUCCACAUUGAAGGACAAUGUUUUAAUGCAGGGAUGUUUUAACACAUGGAUAGAAUAUGAUGUAAUAAAGGUUCCCAUUGUUUUGGCA